GGCGCAGCCUGAGCCCGCCAUGGAACAGCCCAGGAAGGCGGUGGUGGUGACGGAGGGGGAAACUGAGGCUCACAGAGGUCACCUUGUUUGGUUCGGCCCUUUUGGGGAACACACUGUGAAUGCCAGCUGGAUUGCAGUCCAGGAGCUGGAGAAGCUGGGGCUCGGUGACAGCGUGGACCUGCAUGUGUAUGAGAUUCCUGUGGAGUACAAGACAGUCCAGAGGCUCAUCCCCGCUCUGUGGGAGAAGCACAGUCCACAGCUGGUGGUGCAUGUGGGGGUGUCAGGCAUGGCGACCACAGUCACGCUGGAGAAGUGCGGGCACAACAAGGGCUACAAGGGGCUGGACAACUGCCGAUUCUGCCCUGGCUCCCAGUGCUGUGUGGAGGAUGGGCCUGAAAGCAUUGACUCCAUCAUUGACAUGGACGCUGUAUGUAAGAGGGUUACUACACUGGGCCUGGAUGUGUCAGUGACCAUCUCACAAGAUGCCGGCAGAAAGGAAAUGAGUCCCAUGGAAAGAAGAGGACUGGUCCAGCCUCCCAACCAGCUGCAGUCAGUUGGACAUGAUGGUGACGUGAGCAGAGAGACGUCUCUACUAAGCACCUGCUGAAUGCCCGGGGCAUCACAUCGAGAGCCUCAGCCCUCCACCCCCAUAGCUGGGCGAUAAUUCCACUGACAGAAGCUGAGGCUGAGACCCAGUGGAGCCAGAGGCUUGGUGGGACUCACACAGCUGGAGGUGGGGAAGGCCUGGACUCCAUUUCUCCAGUAGGAGCCUUGCUGUGUGACACCCCUCCUUGUAUCUGUUGCCUGCACACACCCCGUCACACUUUACACACCCCCACGAUCUGCUUUGCACAGUGGCCCAUCCUGAGGCCAGGAAGCUGGGAGUAGGCACAGGGAUGGAUGCCUGGGGCCAGGAGUCCUGAGCAGUAGGGCAAGGGCUGGGUACCCCAGGAGAAAGGAUGUUCCUGGGGCACCCUCUACCCCUCUAUCCUCUGGUGGCUGGACUUGAUACCAGCCUUCACUGCCCCAGGCCCCAGCACCCCAAUUCUCUACCACCUCUUCUUCAGGCCCAGCCAAAGGAUGGGGGCCCAGAGUAGCUUCAUCCCUGCCCAAGCCUUCAAGAAGCCCCCAGUCUGGGGCAGACAGAGACAAGCAAGCACACACACUCCCAGCGCUGUGGGGUCAGGGCUGGGCUGGAGGAAGGCAUGGGGUUGGAAGCACCCUGCUGAGCCUGGAAAGGAAAUGUCAGAGAAGGCUUCCUGGAGGAGGGUCUUUCUGAGUAGGGUUUUGAGGAAUGGAUAGGAGUUCCCCAGCUGAAGAUGAGUAACUGCAAAAACACCCAGUUUAUCAAGCACCUGCUAUGUGCCUGGUCCUGUCCUUUACACCUCAUUUGACCUUCUCUCCAGUGAAAGUCUCAAUCCUUCCUUAUUUUCCAGAUGACGAAAUAGAGGUGUGAUGGAGAGGAAUAGUUUGCCCCAGGUUGCACUUUCUGGCCUUUUUUUUUUUCCCUCUGCUUCCUUUGUUUUUCACUAUCUUCAGCCUUUGACCCUAAGCAAAGAGGGGAGAGCAGGAAUCUCAUCAGGGAGGAAAGCCACCUCAUCCCUUAAGCUCCUGUUGUGGAGUUUAGCACAUAGUAAUAAAUCUUUUUUGAGAAAAUUAUUCUUCCCUCCAGUCCACCAA